UUAAGAAAAUGUCGUAAAGUUGUAGAGUUUAUUAUGAGAACUCCUGAUAACUCAAUCUAGCUUUAAAAAAGUUGACAUUGUUCAGACAAAUGACCGAUUUAUUGUUCUAAACUACUUUUGCUUGUCGGAGUGAAGAUCUUGCUUGUAAUGCAAGAAUCAAAAGAUUUGAAACAGUUCCAAUUUUCGAGACAGCAUAUAUAAAGGAGCAGAAUAAAUUUCGGUGUCUGCAGCCUGUGGUCGAUCAACGAUCGCCAUGGCAGACACGAAAUGGAUUAUUCAAGUUAACGAAGAGGUCGAUAAGAUGCAGGAUCUUCCGAUAGAGGAGGAGCAUUGGAGCAAGGGGUCGAUAUACAGAUUGCCAACCUGCAUCACGGACGUUAACAAGAAGGCCUACAAGCCCCAGGUGGUCUCAUUCGGGCCUUACCAUUUCAAUAAUUUAAAUCCAAUGGAAGAGCACAAGCGCCGUGCGCUUGUCCAUUUCCUGAAAAGAUGUGAACCUGAUGAGCUGUUCAUCAACGCGCUGGCUGAAGUGGUGCAGGAUUUGAAGGACUCGUACAAUCCGCUUGAGCCUGAGUGGAAAGGUGAUACAGAUAGAUUCUUACAGUUGAUGAUUCUGGAUGGCUGUUUCAUGCUGGAAGUCUUGCGGGUUGCUUCUCAUUUAAUGGAUGAUUACGCUCCCAAUGAUCCCGUCUUCAGCAACCACGGGAAGCUCCAUAUGAUGCCGUACAUCAAGCGCGACAUGUUGAUGCUUGAGAAUCAGUUGCCGAUCCUGGUUCUUGACAAGCUGGUUGCGGUUGAGAGCAAUGACGCUAAGGAUGAAGGGUUUGUCAUCAAGCUCCUAAUCAAGUUCUUCUCCACCGGUACAGCAGCCUCAAUCAUGGGAAAAUGUGUGCACGCAUUGGAUGUGUAUAGGAAGAGCCAGCUUCAGGGAGAGCCCUAUUGCAAAACAGGUCACUGCAGACCAGAGAUGGUGAAUCGUCACGAGGAAAUCAUCUGGUCAGCGACAGAGCUCAAUGAAGCCGGGAUCAGAUUCAAGAAAAGCAAAACCACUAGCCUCAAAGAUAUCUCAUUCUCCGGGGGAGUCCUCAGGCUCCCAUCCAUCAUUGUGGAUGACACCACCGAACCCAUGUUCUUGAAUCUGAUAGCGUUUGAGCGCUUCCAUGUUGGGGCAGGCAACGAGGUCACAUCCUAUAUAUUUUUCAUGGACAAUAUCAUAGACAAUGCCAGAGAUGUUGCCCUCCUACACUCAAAAGGUAUCAUCCAUAGUGCCCUGGGAAGCGACAAGGCAGUUGCGGAUCUUUUCAACUCGCUCUCUAAGGACAUAACGCUUGAUCCAGGCAGCAGCCUUGAUGCGGUGCAUAAGAACGUGUAUCACUACUGCAAGAAGCCUUGGAACGCCUGGCGCGCCAAUCUCAUGCACACUUAUUUCAGGAAUCCAUGGGCUAUUAUUUCCCUCGUUGCCGGUGUCUUCCUCUUCGUGCUCACUAUAGUUCAGACCGGAUACUCCAUAUAUCCCUACUACUUUCCAAAUGAUGGUUCUCCCACCUGUGCAUGUACUGUUAACAAUUCUACUAGCCCUGCGCCUCCUCCUCCGUCUCCACCAAACGCUGCAGACUCCACCGCACCAUCAAGAUUUAUAAUUUCUUUCGUUCUUAUGUCGGUUGUAUGGAUGCUUACAGGUUGAAGAUGGUUUUGAUCAUUCCCAACAAUCAUCUGUGGGUUUUGGGAGGUUUCUUUCAUAAUUCUUCUCCAUAUUUGUUUGAAAAAUAAGCUAGGUGCUAGUCGACCGGUGGAUUGAGGCCUAGUGUCUAGGCGGAUUUAAGUAAAUCUAUUGUAUUUCGUGUAAAUAAGUGUCUGUUUACA